AUGGAGUACGUGGUGACUCCGAACACGCGCAGGAGGAACACGAACGCGUCCACGCCUGGGGUUUCUUUUUCUUCCUCUGAGAACACGAAUAUUAAAAAGAACAACAACAAAAAUGUCACCCAACAUUCUCGCGCAUUCAUCGUCGAAGGGAAAACGAACGAACACUGGGACCCGAUGACCGAUUUAGACGUCUCGAAAGUCUUGUUUCACGAACACGUCCCGGUGGCGAUUCGAGGAAAAGAGGAAGAGGAGCAUUAUUCGGAGACUACGAAUGAAGAGGAGCUCGAAGAAGAGCGGGUGGAAAUAUGCUCGGUGAGAGUCAUGCUCGGCCCAACGGGGAACACGCAAACGAGUUCAAAGAGCAGAGUGCUGAGAGUGCACGUGCAAUCGGAGAAAAAUCCAUUCUUCAGUCACUCGAUGGAAGUGAACGAGGAGGAGUUUAACUUUCGCUUGAAAAGAGAACAGAACAUACGAGUGGAUUUUAACCAGUUUCCGACGCAUUUUAUCGAUUUGUUGAGAGAGUGUUUAGACGGGAUGGCGGAGGACGAUAUCGGCGAUAAGGACGGGAACGGAGAGGAAGAAGAAGAGGAGGAAGAUACCGCGGCCGACGAAAAUGUGUUGUUGUUUCGAAGGACGACGAGGAACAGUUCGAGGAAGUCGCAAAAGGUGAACAAAAGUACGGACGGGAAGAAGAACGCGUUUUUUGCGGUGUUGACGGUGCCGGAGGAGAAGAAGAUGAAAAGAACGACGGACCCGUCGGAGGCCGGGCGAGAGGACGGAGGGAGUAGCGUUACUAAUAAUUUCUCGUUAUUUACGAUAUACGAAACCAACAAAUUCAACACGGUUGGACGGUUGUCGUUGCGAUUCGCGCGCGCCUCGGACGAGCAGCUGAAGAAGUUAUUAGCCGGACGCUUGUUUGAUGCGAACGAGGACCGAAACAUGUACCAAAAAAUAGCCGAAGAGCUUCGCGAGAGUAUAGCCGACGCCGAGAAAGAAGUCAAGAUCGCGAGAGAACAAGAGCGAUUGGCGAAAAUGCAAUACGCCUCCGAAACGGCAGCAAACAGAACGGAGUUGGAAAACGAACGAGCGCAAUUGCACACCAAAAACGAAGCGUUAGAUAAACAAGUGAGAGAUUUACGCGACGAAUUAUUUCUGCGCACGCAAACGCAAACCGAAAUCGAAAUGCGCAAUCGCGUUUUAGAAGAGGAGUUGCAAUCCCUGCGCGACGAGGUUGCUGAAUCGCGCGUGCAACUUCGAAACGCGGACGUUAAGCUUCGCGAUAAAGACCAAGAACACAUGGCUAGACUCCACCGCGUCGAAUGGCUCGAAUCGCAACUCAACGACAAAGACGAAGUCAACGCGCUCGUUAAACGACGAUUAGAACAAGCUGAAGCGCACAUUCAAUCCCUGGAUAAAUCUUGGAACCAGUCUCGAGAACAAACUGAGAAAGCAGAGUCCAUCGCCAUUGAGUACGCGAACGAAAUAAAAAAAGGGAACUCCGUCAUCGAACGCUUAGCGAACGAACUGAAAGCGGUCAAAUCCAAAUCCAAACUCCGAUCCACCGUCGUCUUACAACAAGAACAACUCUUAGAGGAACAAAAGCUCAGACUGGACAAAGCCUUGGACGCGAAACGGCAAACCGAGGAGGAAAAGGACAUUUUACUAGAAGAAACCGAACGCGUGAAGCUCAAACUCAGCGAAAAAGACCGACGCAUCUCCGAACUCGAAGACGAAAAAGCGAGCGACGGCAAGAUGAUAUCCUGGUUGAACGCGCAAAUCAACGACGCGCAGUUAAGACGGAGCGCACAAAGCGACCUCGAAAAGUUUGCGUUCUGA